CAGUCAGCGUGCAGCUUCCUGGUUCCAGCUAGAGUAAUGCUAUAGGAUUCCAGUGCUGCAGCCCACACGCUGUCACAUCACUGCAGAUUCACUGUGUUCUCCCAUCACCUACGUCAAUAUCAUGGAAUCUAUCAACCCCUCACAUUACCCAGCAUCCAGGGCUGCGGGGGUGGCUGUGGACUACAUCAACUACAAACUGGGGGGUCCAAACAGACUCUUUGAACAGCAGCCAGUGACAAGUGCCAGCAAGGAGAGCAUUGCAGGAGUGGGGAAUAAAUACCGGCUCACAUUUGCUAUAAAAGAUAGUUUGAAUGAGCAAUCUCCAAUAACCUGCACAGCAGAGGUUAUAUACUACACAAGUGACCAGCACAAACCGCCUAAAGUGACAUUCACAUUACAGACUGCGCUGCAGAAUUACACAGCCGCAAAGGACAAAGAAUUUUACAAUAGAAUGAAGAAUCUUUCAGAACCACUUGUUGCUGAUAAUAUUCCAGAUAACUAUGGCAACGUAACCCCAGAUAUGGAGCCUGUGUGGCACCUGGCGCUGGCUGCUGCAGGUUACGCCAAGUGGCAAUAUUCCACAGAAGGAACCUUCUUCAGAAUGGCAGUUAUUAAAGAGGUCAAGCAGCUGAAAAGGCAAGAUCAUAUCCUGGAAUUCCAUUACGAUAUGCUGAUCCACGAGAUGGUCUCACAGGAAAUGGUUCCAUGGCGAAUAGAAACGUUAUGGGACCCAGCAGAAGGAUUAAAAAUACAGCAUCAACAAAAGCUGCCUAAACACAAUCCGGAUGGGAACAACUGAGAAUGACCUCAACAAGCAGCAAAGUAAAAAAUAAUAAUCCAUAUGUACUGUACUACUUACGCCACUGAUUUUUGAACAGUCUCCCUGAAAGCAACUUUAGGCUUGCCCAAGGUGCACAGGCAGUCAUAUUCCCUCUCCAUCCUCUGGAAGAAUAAAAGAUAAACUGUACAAUAAAGUUUACAAACAAAUAAA